GGCGAGAACGAAAGAGGAAGUUCUUUAGCGAAGAUUAGAUGAUUUCAGAAAAUCAAGUCAGCUAUUGGGGGUAUUAGUUUUUGAAUAAAAGGCCAUGGCGCCUCUUCUUGUUGCUGGGAUUGAUUUUGGAACAACGUACUCCGGAUGGUCUUUCUCAUUUAAACACGAGUUUGAACUCGAUCCAACAAAAGUCGCAACAAAACGUUGGUAUGGAGACCAGCUUGUUUCAUUGAAAGCCCCCACAUGUGUCCUGAUCGAACCUGAUGGGGAAACGUUCUCGGCGUUCGGUUUUGACGCUGAAACCAAGUACACUAGUCUAGUUGAAGCGGACGAACAUGACGAAUGGUACUUCUUCAAGCGAUUCAAGAUGCAAUUGUACAAGAAGAACAUCGAAAGAGACAUGAAAAUUGAAGACGAAACUGGAAAGAAAUUGAACGCACAGAUUGUGUUUUCGAGCGCUAUAAGAUUUCUCAAAGACGACGUCUUAAAGGUAAUUGGUGACCGUAUUGAGGGAGCCAUAACCUCCGAGGAGAUCAGUUGGGUGUUGACAGUUCCCGCUAUUUGGGAUGACGGUGCCAAGCAGUUCAUGAGAGAAGCAGCCGAAAUGGCUGAAAUUUCUUCUGACAAGCUGAUAUUAGCUUUGGAGCCAGAAGCUGCAGCCAUUUACUGUCGACAUAUACCUGCGAAAAAGGCGGGAGAAGAUGGCUCACUGUCUACCUUCGAAACAGGCAGCAAAUUUCUAGUUGUUGAUGCAGGAGGCGGCACGGUUGAUAUUGCUGUACAAGAGGUUGCAGAGAACGGUUCUAUGAAGAACAUAUACAAAGCCAGCGGUGGAGAUUGGGGCGGGACAAAGGUCGACGAGGCUUAUGUGAAGUUUUUAGAAAACAUGUUAGGAACGGAUUCCAUUGACGCAUUUAAGCGGUGUUACAUGGAAGACUACAUAUACAUGAUUCGCGACUUUGAAAUGAAAAAGCGAGACGUUGACCCACUGACAAGUGAUAAGCCAGUGGUUUUCAGAGUUUCAGCAAUGUUACCAAAGCUGGUUAAAAAAAGCAGGGGCAAAAAGAUUCACGAGGCCAUAAAAGAUUCCCAAUUUGAUAAAACGGUUUCCAUCCAAGGCGACAAACUGAAAGUCGAUAUGAGUAUAGUUACGAACUUUUUCAAGACGCAAGUUGAAGCUAUUGUUGGCCAUGUUUCACACAUAAUUGACCAUUUGAACGUAGGUGACAUAGCAGCAGUUGUUUUGGUCGGAGGAUUUAGUAAUUGUCCUUUACUCCAGCAAGCUAUGAAGACAAAAUUUUAUAACCAUACAAUCAUCGUCCCAAGUGAUCCAGACCUUGCAGUGCUGAAGGGGGCCGCGAUAUUUGGACAUAAACCAGAGCUGAUUUCUCAGCGAGUUAGCAAAUACACGUAUGGCGUAAACGUGUGUGCGGAUUUCAUUGAACAUGUUCACAGAGAAUCUUAUAAAGUAAGAGACGAGAAAGGAAAUGAUCGCUGUGACAAUGUCUUUGAUAAACAUAUCACAGCUGGGCAGUGCCUCAUUGGUGGAGAAGCACAGGUUAACAAGUACUACAUUCCAUCAACAUCAGCUCAAACCUCUAUACACAUUCGUGUUUAUUACACACUUGAUCCUUAUCCGAUGUACGUUACCGACGAAGGUUGCCAUCUUGCAGGCAAACUGGCAGUACCUCUAGAAAGACACGGAACUAUCCGAGCUGUUAAAACGCGGAUGAUUUAUGGAGGGACAGAGAUAGAGGUCGAGGCUACUGAGGUCGCUACAGGGAAAGUGCAUCGACUGAAAUUUGACUUCUUGGGCUAAAUUUUCCGAAAUAUGGAACAUUUUAGAUAUAAAACAGUUGUAAUUAAAGUAUGAACAGAACGGGAUCAUCGAACAAUAAAGAUAUAGAAAAUGGAAAUGACACAGGUGUGAACAGCAGUUUAUAAAAUAAAAGUUUGAAUUUUAUGUUAUAAUUGACUUGCAUUACAAUUGAAUAUCAAUUUAAUUGAUUCGUAUGUUUUUAUAUUAUGAAAUUAUGCUUUAGUUUAUAGCUAUACAAAUGACCCAAAAUAGUAAACACAUACUAUGAUUUUUUUCUUUAUAAUAAAAUCUUACUUUAUAACUUUCAAAAUACCGCAAUAUUCGUUUCGUUUUGAAAAAAAUCACCACAUCUCCUCAACCCUUACGAUGUUAUGUGUAUGAUAUGCUUUGUUUCAAUAAAUCUUCUUGGAAUAUAUAAUGCUAAAACUUAAGUUACUACCGCGUUGCGAAGUUAUUCAUAAAACUUAGUUUUGGUUCAUGUAUUAUUAUUCCCCAUAUGUUCCGGAAAUGUUAUGUCUCUGGCCUUUACACCUCAAAACGUCGGAAACUAUGUCAUUGUGUAAAAGCUUAAAAUAUAUCAUAGCAAAUAUCGAUCUCAUUUGAUUGAUCUUCUUGUAAAACAUUGCCAAUGUUUUUCCCCGAGAUCCAGACACUGAACAUGUCAGUACCCAAUGAAUAGCCUUAUAUAUUAACGAGUAUACUGAAUAUUGAAUUGGCUUGAUAUUUUGACGCUAGUGUUGUGUGUUUGUGUUGCCGUGUUUGUUGCGUGUCUCACGUUUAAUAAAUGUUUGCUUAAGCUUUGAGAACAAGUCUAAAUAUCUACCUAUGAGGGCAAAUAGUUUGACAAUAAGUCAGCCAUUGCACAUGAUCUUACAAGACUAGAUGUCUGCCAAUUAGGAUGAAUUGAAUAAAAUGAAUAUUAUAUGAUGACGAUUGAGUGUCUGAUUACUUUUAUUACAUGUUUUUUCAGUAAAUAUAUCGAACAACGACCUACAUAUCUGUUCUUGUGAUGAGACUAAUACCACAAAGCAAUGUCAUUUUACACGCUACAUUCAUUUAACGAAUGAUUUGCGGGGUUGUUGUCAUUAU